GACUGCCCUCCAGACGCUGAGGACUUCAGAGCCCAGCAGUGCUCUGCCUACAAUGAUGUCCAGUAUCAGGGGCGCUAUUAUGAAUGGCUUCCAAGAUAUAAUGAUUCUACUGCCCCUUGCGCACUCAAGUGUCAUGCACGGGGACAAAACUUGGUAGUGGAGCUGGCCCCCAAGGUACUGGAUGGGACUCGUUGCAACGCAGAUUCCCUGGACAUGUGUAUCAGUGGCAUCUGUCAGGCAGUAGGCUGUGAUCGGCAACUGGGAAGUAACGCCAAGGAAGACAACUGUGGCGUCUGUGCUGGCGAUGGCUCCACCUGCAGGCUCGUGCGGGGACAAUCCAAGUCACAUGUUUCUCCCGAAAAAAGAGAAGAAAAUGUCAUUGCUGUCCCUUUGGGAAGUCGCAGUGUGAGAAUUACAGUGAAAGGACCUGCACAUCUCUUUAUCGAGUCAAAAACACUUCAAGGAAGCAAAGGAGAACACAGCUUUAACAGCCCUGGAGUUUUUGUUGUAGAAAACACAACAGUUGAAUUUCUGAGGGGGUCAGAGAGGCAAACCUUUAAGAUUGCAGGACCUCUGAUGGCGGAUUUCAUUUUCAAGACCAGGUACACUGUGGCCAAAGACAGCAUGGUCCAGUUCUUCUUUUACCAGCCAAUCAGUCAUCAGUGGAGACAGACAGACUUCUUUCCCUGCACUGUGACAUGUGGAGGAGGUUAUCAGCUCAAUUCUGCGGAGUGUGUGGAUAUCCGCUUGAAGAGGGUGGUUCCUGACCAUUAUUGCCAUUAUUACCCUGAAAAUGUAAAACCCAAACCCAAACUGAAGGAAUGCAGCAUGGAUCCUUGCCCAUCCAGUGAUGGAUUUAAAGAGAUUAUGCCCUAUGACCACUUCCAACCUCUCCCUCGCUGGGAACAUAAUCCUUGGACUGCGUGUUCGGUGUCCUGUGGAGGAGGAAUUCAGAGACGGAGCUUUGUGUGUGUUGAGGAGUCCAUGCAUGGAGAGAUACUGCAGGUGGAAGAAUGGAAGUGCAUGUAUGCACCCAAACCCAAGGUUAUGCAAACUUGCAAUCUGUUCGAUUGCCCCAAGUGGAUUGCUAUGGAGUGGUCUCAGUGCACAGUGACUUGUGGCCGAGGGUUACGUUACCGGGUUGUUCUGUGUAUCAACCACCGUGGACAGCAUGUUGGGGGCUGCAAUCCACAAUUGAAGUUACACAUCAAAGAAGAAUGUAUCAUCCCCAUCCCGUGUUAUAAACCAAAAGAAAAAAGUCCAGUGGAAGCUAAAUUACCUUGGCUAAAACAAGCACAAGAACUAGAAGAGACCAGAAUAGCAACGGAAGAACCAACGUUCAUUCCAGAGCCCUGGUCAGCCUGCAGUACCACGUGUGGGCCGGGCGUUCAGGUCCGUGAAGUGAAGUGCCUCGUCCUCCUCACGUUCACUCAGGCAGAGACUGAACUUCCUGAGGAGGAGUGUGAGGGCCCCAAGCUGCCCACUGAACGGCCUUGCCUCCUGGAAGCCUGUGAGGAGAGUCUUGCCUCCCUCGAGCUGGAUGCCUCUGUCCAGGAGAAGGACAGCGAGAUGACUUAUGACUGGGAGUACGCUGGGUUUACCCCUUGCACAGCGACUUGUUUGGGAGGCCGUCAAGAAGCCAUAGCAGUGUGCCUACACAUCCAGACCCAACAAACAGUCAAUGACACGUUGUGCAAUGCGGUCCACCGUCCCCCAGCAAUGAGCCAGGCUUGUAACAUGGAGCCCUGCCCGCCCAGGUGGCACAUGGGCUCCUGGGGGCCCUGCUCAGCUACCUGUGGUGUUGGAAUCCAGACCCGAGAUGUGUACUGCCUGCACCCUGGGGAAUCCCUUGCCCCUCCUGAGGAAUGCAGAGCUGAAAAGCCCCAUGCCUUGCAGGCAUGCAAUCAGUUUGAUUGCCCUCCUGGCUGGCACAUUGAAGAAUGGCAGCAGUGUUCCAGGACAUGCGGUGGGGGAACUCAGAAUCGAAGAGUCACCUGCCGGCAGCUGCUGACGGACGGCAGCUUUCUGAAUCUCUCAGAUGAAUUGUGCCAGGGGCCCAAGGCGUCAUCUCAUAAGUCCUGUGCCAGAACAGAUUGUCCUCCACAUUUCACAGUGGGAGACUGGUCGCAGUGUUCUGUCAGCUGUGGUGUUGGAAUCCAGCGAAGAAAGCAGGUGUGUCAAAGGCUGACAGCCAAAGGCCGGCGCGUUCCUCUCGGUGAGGUGAUGUGUAGGGAUCUCCCGGGGCCACCUCUUGUGAGAUCUUGCCAGAUGCCUGCGUGCAACAAAAUGAAAACAAAACUAGGGGAGCAGGGUCCUCUGAUCCUUGGUGUCCAGAGAGUCUACAUUCAGACGAGGGAAGAGAAACGAGUUAACCUGACCAUUGGUGGCAGAGCCUAUUUGCUGCCCAACACAUCAGUGAUUAUUAAAUGCCCAGUGCGACGAUUCCAGAAAUCUAUGAUCCAGUGGGAGAAGGAUGGCCAUUGUCUGCAGAACUCUAAGCGAUUGGGCAUCACCAAGUCGGGCUCACUCAAAAUCCACAGUCUUGCAGCCCCCGACAUUGGUGUGUACCGGUGCAUUGCAGGCACUGCCCAGGAAACAGGUGUUCUCAAGCUUAUUGGUACUGAUAACAGACUCAUCGCACCCCCAGCCCUCCGAGAGCACAGAAGGGGGUAUCCUGGGAUAGACCACAACCAAGAUAAUAGUUUGGGAGCCAUGUGGCAUAAAAUGCGGCAAAUGUGGAGUAACAAAAAAGAGCUUUAUCUGGAUGAUGGCGAAAUUAAUAACCAGCCUUUACUGAGAGCUCUGUUGGGCCACUGCAGCAAUUCUGCAGGAAAUACUAACUCCUGGGAGUUGAAGAAUAAGCAGUUUGAAGCAGCAGUUAAACAGGGAGCAUAUAGCAUGGAUACAGCCCAGUUUGAAGAGCUAAUAAGAAACAUGAGUCAGCUCAUGGAAACUGGAGAGGUCAGCGAUGACCUUGCAUCCCAAGUGAUAUACCAGCUUGUGGCAGAGUUAGCUAAGGCACAGCCUGCUCACAUGCAAUGGAGGGGAAUCCAGGAAGAGGUGCCUCCCGCAGCUCAGCUGAGGGGGGACACAGGAAGUGUACCCCAAAACUCGAAUGCAAAGAACUCAGGCAAGCUGACAUUCAAGCCAAAGGCACCUGUUCUUGUGAGGCAAAGCCAGCCCUCCGCAAUUUCAUUUAACAAAACAAUAAAUUCAAGGAUUGGAAAUACAGUAUACAUUACAAAAAGGACCGAGGUCAUCAAUAUACUGUGUGAUCUCGUAACUCCCAGUGAGGCCACGUAUACAUGGACCAAGGAUGGAACGUUGUUACAACUAUCAGCAAAAGUAAUUUUGGAUGGAACGGGGAAAAUACAGAUACGAAACCCUACAAGGAAGGAACAAGGAGUCUAUGGGUGCUCUGUAGCUAAUCAUCUUGGUUCAGACAUGGAAAGUUCUUCUGUGCUGUAUGCAGAGGCACCUGUCAUCCUGUCAGUCGAAAGAAAUAUCACCAAACCGGAGCACAAUCAUCUGUCUGCCGUGGUUGGAGGCAUCAUAGAGGCAACCCUGCAAGCGAAUGUGACAAUCCGAUGUCCUGUAAAAGGUGUCCCUCAGCCCAAUGUAACUUGGUUGAAGAGAGGAGGAUCUCUGAGUGACAAUAUUUCCUUGCUUUUCAAUGGAUCCCUGUUGUUGCAGAACAUUUCCCUUGAAAAUGAAGGAACCUAUGUCUGUACAGCCACCAAUGCCCUUGGAAAGGCCAUGGCAACGUCUGUACUUCACUUGUUGGAACGAAGACUGCCAGACAGUAUAAUUGUCUUUCCCAAGGGACAUAAAAAGCAUGUGCUCUUGGCAUCCAACACUGGACCCAACAUCGAUGACACACCAGGAGAAGCCUUACCUCAAGUGCCUUUUUGGGAGCCUGGUAACUGGACACAUUGUUCUGCCACCUGUGGUCACUUGGGAACAAGCGUUCAGAGACCCCAGUGUGUGAUGGCCAAUGGACAGGAAGUGAGUGAGGCCCUCUGUGAUCCCCUCCAGAAGCCACUGGCUGGAUUUCAGCCCUGUAACAUCCGGGACUGCCCUGCCAGGUGGUUGACGAGUGCGUGGUCAGAGUGCUCUGUGUCUUGCGGUGAGGGAUUCUGCAGUCGGCAAGUAACAUGCACACGGACAAAAGCCAAUGGGACUGUGCAGGUGCUAUCUCCGAGAGCGUGUGCCACCAAAGACCGGCCUCUGGGGAGAAAACCAUGUUCUAGUCAUCCAUGUGUUCAAUGGGCCAUAGAACCAGGGAACCAGUGUCCUGGACACUGCAUGCGUCGUGCUGUGAGGAUGCAGCAGCAGCGUCACCCACUUUGUCAACAGCACAAUGGCUCUGCAACACCAGAUUCCCAGUGUGAUGACAGAAGGAGACCCCCCACCUUUAGGAGGAACUGCUCAUCAGGGGCCUGUGAUGUGUGUUGGCGCACAGGCCCCUGGAGGCCCUGUACAGCAGCCUGUGGCAUGGGCUUCCAGGCUCGGAAGGUGGACUGUGUGCACAAAACAAGCUGUAAACCUGUGGCUGAGAGACACUGUGGGCAGCAAAAGAAGCCAACUUCCUGGCGGCGCUGUCUUGGGCCUUCCUGUGAUAGUACGUACCUCUCUCAGACCUCUACAAACAAAAGUGCUGCCAGUCAUGUCAAGAAGGAUAAACGUUUGGCAGGGUCAUGA